AUGGCAUCGACACAUAGCGUAUAUCUCUUUCGUCACAUUCAGACCAACCAAGUCAUUGUCUCCACCAAACAUUUCGCAAAGACUCGCAACCUUCGUCAACUCGACAAUGCGACACGUCCUGUACGCCUGAGAAAGGAUUUGUGGCGACCUAUGCUUGCACUGACAGGUUUUACAAACGAAAAAUCGGCACAAGCAGUGACGGAUGCACUUUUACAACGUUCAAAGGCACGACAAUUCGACUUGAAGACAUCAGCAGAACACUUGUCUACACCCAAGCGUACACGUGGUCCUGUUGAAAGUGACCUUGUUGAAAAAUCAGUCUUAUCACUUCAGGAAGCUCUCGAAUCAGUCGCACCAAAGCAUUUCAGCCCCGAGACUAAGUUGUCAGCAUUAUGGGAACAACCUCGAUUCUUGGAGAUGGUACAAGAAGGAAAACAAUGGCCUGCAUUCGUGGAGCAUGGUCAAUUGGAACUCAAGAACAAUCGCUUCGUUUCAGCAUAG